AUGGAGUCGGUGGCUGUAAAGAACGAAAAGGGUAGCACCACCUAUAUACCUGAUGAUAUUGCCUUCUCCAUUCUAUCCAAAUUGCCUCUUAAAUCUUUUAAGCGAUUUGAAUGCUUUUGUAAACCAUGGUCUCUCUUAUCUGAGAACCGUAGUUUUAUGAACACAUUCUGCAACAAUCUCUUAUUUAAUUCUCAUCGAUGUCCUUAUUACGACGGGACAUCUCUCCUCCUAAGGGAUUUCAAACUUGGUCAAGACGUUUUCUAUUCUAUUUCUGGUGAAAGGUUUGAGAACAAAGUUAAAAUAGAUUUCCCAAAUUCAUAUGAUGCAAACCGUUUUAAAUUUCGUAUUUUUGGUUUUGGUAGUAUUAAUGGGACAUUUUGUCUCUAUCAAGCUUAUUAUUAUUGCAAUACUGUAUUGUGGAACCCAUCUACACAGGAAAUCAAGCUCGUUCCCACUACGGAUAAGUUAGUUGAGUCGUCUGUUGAAGAUGUUAAGGAUUUUGUUAGCAUAAUUCAUACGUCUUAUCUUCAUGGAUUUGGUUACGACGACCUUAGAAAUGAUUAUAAUGUCAUAUGUUACAUAACUAUUACGGGUCAACACGCUAGCUAUGGACAUAUGUCUUUAGACCCAAUUUGGGUGAAAUAUAGCUUAAGAACUAACUCGUGGAAAAGGAUACUUAUUUUUGACAUGCCUUAUUCCUUGGCACUUAUUGACGGCAGUCAAGUCUACAUGGAUGGUGUGUGUCAUUGGUUGUGGGAAGAAGAUGAAGAUAGUCAAGAUGGAAGAUGGUUGGUAUCAUUUUACUUGAGCAAUGAGGUAUUCUUCAUAACACCCAUACCCUCGUACUUAGAUGAUUGUUUCAAAGCAUUGUGGAUAAACUUGGUGGUGUUAAAUGGGUCCGUUUCAUUGAUCUCAUAUCAUAAAGAGACGAAUAAUUUUCAAAUAUCAAUUUUGGGUGAAUACGGUAUAAAGGAGUCGUGGACCAAACUCUUUAAUGUUGGAUCGUUGUCUUGCAUUGAGCGUCCUAUCGGGGUUGGGAUGAAAGGAGAAAUAUUUGUCAUCAGAGAAGAUAAAGAAGUAGUUUGUCUUGAUUUAAGUACUCAAUCGGUUGUGGAGCUUUCUUACAAAGAAGUGAAUUCUAUUGAUCGUCGAUCGAAUACUAAUAUACAAGGAAAACAUUCUUCCAAUCGGAGGAAUAAGUAA